AUGUCUACUCCUCGUAUCAAGCGUCAAUUCGCCGGCGCCUCUGCCGACCCAUCUCAACGCCAAAUUACUUCCUUCUUCAAUGCCCGAUCAUCCGAUGAACCUGCGAUUGCUGAGGCCGACAAGCCCAUGCAACCUACUCUUCCUUCAAACGUUCAGGCCAACCUUCUCAGUGUCGGUAUGCGAGUUCGCAAGUCCGUCCCCGAAGGCUACAAGACAAAGGGCACCAGUGCUUUCAAGCUCUGGACAGAUAAUGCGCCUGUACAUGUUUCUACAGCCACUGCAAAGGCACCCGGCAAAGGCGUUUCCCGAGAGCUUCUCCCCUUCUGCGGAAUCAACAAGGUCGGCGGUCUUGACACCCAGCCAGAAUUCGAGGAUGAUGUACCAGACCUCGACGCUCUCCCCGAACUCACCAUGUCGCAAGAGAGUGCGGAGGGCGAGUCGCACGACGGUUCUCGAAAGCGAAUUUUCGACGAGGAUGACGAUGAGCUUGACUCGAGCUUUGACAUGGGCAACCAUGGAAAUCCUCGAGUCAUGGCUAUCCCAGUUUCACGAAAGGGUGCCGGUUUAAGGAGCUUUGGUCAGGACAACCGCAACUCGGGAUCUGACUUUGAUGAGGCUGAUUUCCUCGUCAAUCCCGAGAUGGAUAUGGCCAACUAA